GGCUGCGAGUGGCCGCGGCGGUGGGCUGUGUCCGAGUCUCCUCCCUUUGGCCGGUCGCAGGCCUGCAGCCCGAGUGUCGCCGCCGCCAUGGCCUCGACGCAGCUCUUCCGCGCGCUCGUGUCGGCCCAGUGGGUGGCCGAGGCGCUGCGGGCUCCACGGGCCGGGCCGCCCGUGCAGCUGCUCGACGCCUCCUGGUACCUGCCCAAGCUGGGCCGCGACGCGCGGCGCGAGUUCGAGGAGCGCCACAUCCCGGGCGCCGCCUUCUUUGACAUCGACCAGUGCAGCGACCGCACGUCGCCCUACGACCACAUGCUGCCCGGCGCGGCGCACUUCGCCGAGUACGCGGGCCGCCUGGGCGUGGGCGCGGCCACACACGUCGUGGUCUACGACGCCAGCGACCAGGGCCUCUACGCGGCGCCGCGCGUCUGGUGGAUGUUCCGCGUCUUCGGCCACCGCGCCGUGUCGCUGCUCGACGGCGGCCUCCGCCACUGGCUGCGCCUGGGCCUCCCGCUCAGCUCCGGCAAGAGCCACCCGGUGCCCGCCGAGUUCCACGCCAAGCUCGACCCCGCCUUCGUCAAGACCUACGAGGACAUCAAGGAGAACCUGGAAUCCCGGCGCUUCCAGGUGGUGGACGCCCGCGCCGCCGGCCGCUUCCGCGGCACCGAGCCCGAGCCCCGAGACGGCAUUGAACCUGGCCACAUCCCGGGCACCGUGAACAUCCCUUUCACAGACUUCCUGACCCAAGAGGGCCUGGAGAAGAGCCCCGAGGAGAUCCGCCGCCUGUUCCAGGAGAAGAAGGUGGACCUGUCCCAGCCACUGGUGGCCACAUGUGGCUCCGGUGUCACGGCCUGCCAUGUGGCACUGGGGGCCUACCUCUGCGGCAAGCCUAACGUGUCCAUCUAUGAUGGCUCCUGGGUGGAGUGGUACAUGCGCUCCCAGCCAGAGGACAUCAUCUCUGAGGGCCGAGGGAAGACCCACUGAGGCUGGGCUGGACACAAGCAAGCUUGGGCAAUGCCCAACCACUAGCAGCCCAGCCUGGUUCUGACUCUGCCUUAACCAAGAGAGUGUUUCUUCAUCCAACUCAGGUGGUAUUUGGGGUGACAUCCCAGAGGCCAGGAAUUCCGUCAACUCAUGGGCUCCCAGUGGUGGAAGGAGAGAAGGCUGUGGGUGAGCACUUGAUGGGUCCCAUGUGGUGAUUAGCUGGGUCCCCACCUCCCUUUUGUCUUACUGCUGAGGAAAUAAAGCAGCCAAGUGCCAAA